AUGUUAAAUAAUAAAUCAAAAAAGCCUUCGUUAUUGUAUGUUGAAUGUAAGUCAAGAGAUAUUUCAAGAAGAAAUUCAAGGAUUAGUGAUUUGCUUAAUGAUACUAUGAAUAAGGAAAAUUCAAAUUAUUAAUCCACCUAUAUUCCAAACACUGCAAAAAAGAUUGAUAGAACUGUUGGAAGUUUGAACAAGAUGUAUAAACAAGCCAUAUAGGAUCAAUAACUUUUGUAAGAGCAAUCAUCAAUGUUGAUGGAAGACUUGAAUGGGAAAUUAUUGUAAAGAGCCGAAUUGAUAGGUCAAGUGGAAGAAUUAGAGGAAUUAAUAGAAUUCCAUAAAAUAUAAAGCAAUUUCGAGUUUACCUUUGCAACUAAAAUUGAAUAGUUAGACCUACAAAUUUAAUAGUUAAAAAAAUCAUCAUCAUUUAAAUUAUCAGGCAACACAGCAGAUUUGAUUCGAGAUCGAGAGUAGCAACACAAAAUAUUAAAGGAGAAAAUCAAUUAGGAAACUUUGCUUGCUAUGACAACUUAUAUGUAACAAUGGGGUAAAGUAUUAUUUUCUAAAUAUAAGGUCAUUAAUUUGAGACUAUCAAGAAUUAAUAUGGUAAUGAAGUGUAUCAAUAGGUUCUUAAGGAACAGGAUCAAUAAAUCAAUCAGUUAAUCUCGCAUUAAUACAAUAAAAAAAUUUAAGGUAUUAUUCAGAUACUCAGAAACCACGAGAGAUUAGAGAAAGCUAUUCAAUCAAACAUAGAUUAUGUUGACAAUUCAUUAAAUGAAGAUAUAUAUGCAAUAAAACAAACUAUGAAUUAAAAGAAGUUGCAAGUUUAAAAUAUUAGAAAUAACCUUUUGGAAGAAGAUCAAUCCAAAUUUUAAUUAUUAAAAAGAGUGGAAGUUCUUGAAUAAGAGAACUAACAAUUAGAGUAAUAAUUGAAUGAAAUAACUAUGAAAAAAGAUCUAUAUUAAUAAGAAAUCUUAAAUAAAUAGAAAACUGAAGAAAUAUACAAUGAAAUAUUAACCGGUUUUGAUUGCCUAUCAUAAAUUGAUAAUGAUGAUCAAAAAAGUGAUAAUAGUAAUUCCUAAAAUAAAAGUUGUGCCAAUAUUUUAAGCAACAUUAACAAGUAGACUAAGAGAGUGUUAAGCAAUCACUUAAAUAAAGAUGAUUCAUUACAUUUUAGUUAAUUGCAGUAGUAUUUACAAAUAAAUAGCAUAGAUGGAGAGACAAAUUCUAAGUGUUCAUCAGCAUGCUAAUUAUCUGCUGAUGAUUCUUUGUUGUAACAUUUUAAUGAAUUAAAUUUAACCUUACUUCAAUCAGAAAAGUCUAAAAAUAGUCUAUGUAAUUUGCCUUUGUAGUAAUAACAAUACUACCAAUAAUAAUAAUAAUACUAAUAGUAAUAAUAAUAAUACUAAUAAUAAUACUCAUAGCAAUAAUAAUAAUAAUAGUAUAAUUAUUUUAAUUAAAAGAAUUUGCCAAUAGACAACUAAACUUAAUAAAUCGAUUUUAUUAGAUUAUAAACUAUAACUGAAGAGUAACUAAGCUCCAAAAGAGAUAAAUCCAAAAUGGAAGUAUCCAAUAAAAUCAACACAACUCCUAUUCAUUAAAAUUACUUAAAUCUGAAUAAAGUUAAAAUUGUUGAUACUUCAUCCUAGAACAUCACAGCUCCAUCAUCGGAAUAGACAAAACGCUUCACUAAUAGAUUAGGCCAUUCUUAAUUAUAAAUGUCUAACGUAAAUGAAGUUACAUAGAAAUAAAUUUCUAUACCAUCUCCAUACGUACCUUUAUUUUUCAACAAUUAACCCUCUAAUCCACAAACUUAGAAGAGUUAAUAACCAUAAGUAUUUAGAUUUAAGGAGCAGAAUUCAUUAUCUGAAUAGAUAUAAAAACACAAAAAGUCUAAAUCUUUUGAUUCAACCUUAAAUAAAGAAAUCUAGCAAAAGCAAUUGUUUUGUAAUGUUUCAACCAAUAAUGGACAAACCUAUUAUAAUUCAAAGGAUUCCCAAUAUCUCUCUAAUAAAUCUAAUUAGUUAGUCCCAAUCGAAUAAGAAAUACUCAGAAUUACGAAGCCUUUACAGAAAGGUGUGUUGAUUUUCAAAAGAUUUAAUUCAACAAAACCAAAUAUGACAAAGAUGGAAUUUGAUCCUUUUACUUGUCAGAAUCCGAAUGUUUGUGGUUAUUGUCCUAGAAUGAUGACAUUGUCAUAAAACUUGGAUAAGAUUGAAUUCAAAAACCAAAUGAGAGUAAAUGUAAGAAAUUUUAUAUUAUUUAGCAAGUUGAUUCGUUGCUGUAAUUGGAUUAAAUAAUGAGAGUAAUAAUUCCAAAGACAAUUCAGCAGAGUAUAUAAAUAAAGAAAUAAAUAUAGAACAGAUAUAUUUUAAGUCAAGAAGAAAGGAUUGUUUGUGGAAUUGUAUAUUGGCCUAUGUCAAUCAUUACUUAAAAUGAUGGUAGGAUUGAAUUAUUGUUUGAUAGUGAGGAAGUAUUGGAAUAGUGGUAAACGGGUCUUAUUUUUCUCAAAGAUAACAUUAAAACACUUUAAAUCAUCAAUAAAAAAUUAAAAAAAUAAAUGUGA